AUGGUUGUUCUGAAUUUAUACUUGAUCAGACAUGGAGAGACAUCGUAUAAUAAAGCUGGCAUUUUGCAAGGGCAGCUCGAUAUUCCUUUGAGCGAAAUCGGCAGAGAUCAAGAAAAUGCUUCCACUCAUGAACGCCAACGCUUGGCCGAGGCGAAAGUUCUUCCCAAGGCUGAUCUUGUUUACUCCUCUCCCCUUUCUCGCGCUCUGGAAACAGCUAAAAUCGCUACGAAUGACAUCGGGGAAGAACGCAUAAUCUGCGACGACUUGCUCAAAGAAAAGGGAAUGGGCAAACUCGAGGGCAAGUUGAGAAGCGAAGUCGACUGGAACAGCCCGGAAAUGGAAGCAGAUGCCGACGUCAAAUACAGGGCUGUGAAUUUUCUCCGGUCGCUCAUCGAAGAGGCCAAAGUUGACAAGACAAUACUGAUUUUCGCGCAUGGUUUCUUGUUGAAAAUGCUCUUCAGACAUUUCCUUGGACUCAAGAAUUUCGACUUUGGCGAGUACAAGGCAGAAGCUAAGGAGACAAUGAAGAAUACGGCAUUCCAUCAUAUUGUUAUCAAGAAGACCUCUGGUUGGAUCGAAUCGAAGAGAUACGGGAGAAUGAGCGCUUGGGAAGGGAAAGCAAUUGCAAUUAAUAAUGCCAAGCAUUUAGAAGAAGAACAAUAA